AUGUUAAGAUCAAGAUCAAUUAUAAGAAUAUCUACAAGAACAUUGUAUACUCCGGUUCUAGAUUCAGAUAUUAAUAUUACAAAGAAUGGUAAAGUUAAUAUACAAGUAGGUCCAGGUGGUAGAUCUUCAAGAACUGGUUAUACUGCAACUGUUUUUGGUGCCAGUGGGUUUUUAGGUAGAUAUUUAACUUCAAAAUUGGCAAGACAUGGUACAACUACUAUAGUUCCUUAUAGAGAUGAUUUAAAAAAAAGAUUUUUAAAAGUUGCUGGAGAUUUAGGUGUUGUUAAUUUUGUUGAAAUUGAUGCAAGAAAUUUACAAAGUAUUGAAGAUUGUGUUCAAAAUUCAGAUGUUGUUAUAAAUUGUAUUGGUGCAGAUUAUAAUACUAAAAAUUUUUCGAUGGCUGAUAUAAAUAUUGGUUUAACUAAAAGAAUUACUCAAGCUGCUAAAGAUGCAAAUGUACCAAGAUUUAUUCAUGUAAGUUCAUAUAAUGCAAAUCCAAAUUCAGAAUCAAUUUUUUAUGCAACAAAAGGAAUUGGUGAACAAGUAGUUAGAGAUAUAAUACCAGAUGCAACAAUUGUAAGACCAUCACCAAUGUACGGUAGAGAAGAUAAUUUAUUAAAUUACCUUGGUAAAAAGAUUAAAAUGUUUGUUCCAAAUGCAAAUAAAAAAGAAAUUUAUCCAGUUUAUGUUUUAGAUGUUGCAAGAGCUUUAGAACAUAUUGCAUUUGAUGACUCAACUCAAGGUCAAACUUUUGAAUUAGUUGGACCAGAAAAAUUAACUUAUCAUGAAAUUAGACAAAUGAUUAGUGGUAUAACCGAAAGAUUUGGUCAAUUAGGUCCUUUUGCUUAUCAAUUUGGAGAUUAUGAUGUACCAUUACCAAUUGCAAAAGCAAUUGCAGAUUUAGCACAAUUUGUUUAUUGGAGAUUGCCAAAUAGUGAUCAAAUGACAAGACAUACAAUAAAUCAAACAAUUGAUCCAAAUGCUAAAACAUUUAAAGAUUUGGGUAUUAGUCAAGACGAAUUGACUAAAUUACCAGAAGUUUUAUUUAGAUUUGUUAAACAAUGGAGACAUCCAUUAAUUGCUCAAAAAGCAGUAAGUGCAAAAGAAAGAGAAAGAUUAAGAGAAAUACAACAUUUUACCCCAUAG